GGAGAGAACGCCCAGGACGACGCGCUUUUCCCCUGGCGCGCACCUUACCACGCAUGCGUCACUCUGCAAGCGCGUGCGCAAAAGAGAAAGUGGUGGUGGCCGGCGGUGACGUAAGAAGGUGCGCCUUGCUGAAGUUUGCGCCUAGUCGACGGGGAGGAUUCUCGACCAGUGGUGGUCAUGGUGCAUUGUGGUGGCGUGUUGUUCAGAAAGUAUGGAAAUUUCAUUGAUAACCUAAGACUCUUCACCAAAGGAGGAAGUGGUGGCAUGGGUUACCCUCGCUUAGGUGGAGAAGGUGGGAAAGGUGGUGACGUCUGGGUUGUAGCCCAUAAAAAAAUGACUUUAAAACAACUGAAAGACAAAUAUCCUCAGAAACGGUUUGUGGCUGGAGGAGGAACAAACAGUCGGAUUAGUGCUCUGAAAGGUUCCAAAGGAAAAGACUGUGAAAUCCCUGUACCUGUUGGUAUUUCAGUAACUGAUGAAAAUGGUAAAAUUAUAGGAGAACUCAAUAAGGAGGAAGACAGAAUUUUGGUAGCUGAAGGUGGCCUUGGUGGUAAACUACUUACAAAUUUCUUACCACUGAAAGGCCAGAAACGAGUGAUUCACCUUGACCUAAAACUUAUAGCUGAUGUAGGACUAGUCGGAUUCCCCAAUGCUGGAAAAUCCUCUUUGCUAAGUCAGGUUUCUCAUGCAAAACCUGAAAUUGCAGAUUAUGCAUUUACAACUUUAAAGCCUGAACUUGGAAAGAUUAUGUAUGAUGAUUUCAAACAGAUAUCAGUAGCUGAUCUCCCAGGUUUGAUAGAAGGAGCACAUAUGAACAAAGGAAUGGGCCACAAAUUCCUGAAGCACAUAGAAAGAACUAGACAACUACUUUUUGUUGUUGAUAUUUCUGGAUUUCAGCUUUCUUCCCAAACUCAGUACAGAACUGCUUUUGAAACCAUAAUACUGCUUACAAAAGAGUUGGAAUUAUACAAAGAGGAGCUUCAGAUGAAACCUGCACUCCUGGCAGUUAAUAAAAUGGACUUGCCAAAUGCCCAUGAUAAAUUUCAUGAACUGAUGAGCCAACUCCAGAAUCCUAAAGAUUUUCUGCAUUUAUUUCAGAAGAACAUGAUUCCAGAGAGAACUAUGGAGUUCCAACAUAUCAUCCCUAUUUCUGCUGUUACUGGAGAAGGAAUUGAAGAAUUGAAGAACUGUAUAAAGAAAUCACUAGAUGAACAUGCCAGCCAGGAAAAUGAGGCAUAUUAUAAGAAACAGUUGCUUAAUUUGAGGAUUUCUGAUACGUUAUUGUACAAUGAGCCAUCAUUAAAGAAUGCUGUCACUAGUUCCAGAAAGGAUAUAAUUUAACUCUGGUAAAAAUAGUACUUGUGAAUUAGUAUGUGGUCCAAAGAGAAGGAAAUCAUGUCAUUUGUGAGAGCAUGGAUGAACCUAGAUAACAUCAUGUUAAGAGAAAUAAGCCAGUCACAGACAAAUACCACAUGAUCUCACUUAUGUAUAAUCUAAAAUAUUUGUUCAUAGAUGCAGAUGGAGGGAAUAGAGUGAUGGAGGAGAAGGAGAUGUUAGUCAAAAGAUAGAAAGUUUCAUUUAAUAUAAAUAUUGGAGAUCUAGUGCACAGCUCAGUGUCUGUAGUUGUAACAGCAUAGUAUAUUUUGAAAGUUGUUAGGAAUGUAGGUUAUAAGUAUUCUGAACACAAAAAAAAUGAGGAAAUGCAUAUGUUAAUUAUCUUGACCGAGCUAUUGGACACUGUACAUAUUUCCAAACACCAUAUUGUACGUGAUAAAUGUAUAUAAUUUUUAUGUGUCAAUUUUUAAAAAGGUAUUGAAACUAUUAAGUAGCAAGCUUUUCCACACUUUUUUAGUACUACUACUGAUGUUAUACGUGCCAUCAUUCAAGAUCUAUACCUUUUAAAUUAUUCUUUUGUAGUUAAGUAUAUCAAUAAUAAAAGUUAACAGAGCUUAAAAAAAUUUACAUUUUACAAGUUUAGGGCUAAUCCUGUGAUAAUAUUCGCUGAUAUUCCUUUAUUAGGUACCUACUGAGAACAUUGUUUUUAAUUGCACAGGAUGAUUUCUUAAAUGGAUUAGUAGAAUAAGCAGCUAGGGUUUGCAUUUGGGGGCAGGCUCUAUCAUGUACCUGGUUGCAUUUAAUAUAUAAUAGUUCUCUUUGUGGAAAACCUCAAAACCCUAAGAUUGAACACAUAUUCAGUGAUAAUAAAGAUCAAAGAUAGUAUCUAACAGAAGCCAGCAGAUCAGUGUUUGUGACUGAGUUUUUGGAAAAUUUUUCUUUCCUAAAUAUGAGUAUAUUUUCAUGCUUUGUAGGAGACUGAUCCAUGUUUCAUUUUCUUAAGUCUGUUUCAUUGUCCACUUUCAUAUUUUAGUAAAGAGAGAAUAGAAAGUGAAAACCUUGAACAGUAUUAAUCAUCUACAUAUUAUAUAGAUUAUUACAAAUUCUAAAUUUCUGCCUAGGUGCUUAAAAAAUACAAUAGAAUUUUCCUUUUAAAUGACUUAUUACAAAAUGUACAUAUUAUAAAAUAUUCAAACAGUACAAAAGCAUUUAAGCAAAAAAUAUCUCCUUUUUGCAUGAGGCCCUUUAAUCUUUUGUUUUUUGGUACCGGGGAUCAACCUCGGGUCCUUGCGCCUGCGCAGCAGGUGGUGAAACCACUGAGCUAAAUCCCCGGCCAGAGGCCCUUUAAUCUUUCCAGAGAAAGGCACUGUUGAUAGUUUAUGUCCUUGCAAAAGUUUUUAUGCAUAUAUCCUUACCCAAAUGAUUUAUUUAUGUAAAUUUUUCCAGCUUUAUUAAAACACAAGUUAAUGAGCUUUAAAAAAUUCUUAAAUUCUACUUCCUAUUAGAAGUUAUUUUGGAAUUUAAUGCUUAGUAAAGUCUGCUAGGUGUAGUGGUACAUGCCUGUAAUCCCAUUACUCAUGAGGCUGAGGCAGGAAGAUUGCUGUUAGUUCAAGGCCAGCUUGGGGGCUACAUAGUUCAAGACUGGCCUGAACUACAUAGUGAGACCCCAUCUCCAAAAAAACACUUUUUUUUUUUACUGAAUCCUGAUAAUUCUUGGUAGAACUUGCCAUAUCAGAUUUAUUUAUCAUCAUAAAAUACAAAUGUAUACUGUCAAAUAUUGUACUAUAUUAUGCUGUGGAGUUGAAUUUGUGCACUGAAAAUUUCACCUAUGAAUUAAAGUAUCAGUACCUAUUA